AGUACAAAAACUUGACAAAUGACAAAAACAAAAACUCAAAAACGUGUCUUAAUUAUCCUUUAAACUGAAAAUAUAACAACAAAAUUUAUAACUAAUAUAACAUUUAAAAAAAUAUGGGUGACAAAAAAACUGAAUAUGAGAAUGUCCAUUUUACAACGAAGAUAUUAGGCCAAAGCGUAAAUAAACUAAACAAUAUAUCUGAAAGAACAUAUGUUAAGCCUCUAUGUGUGAUUAAAAAAGGCUCAAGAGACUAUUACCCAAGUAAUAUUCCUCGAGCUAGAGAUUCCAUGACCAAUACCUAUAUUAUUUGUAUUAUUUCAGUAACCUUUAUUCACUUUGUUUUAUCUAACAACAAAACAUCACUUUUAUGUACCUAUUUAUUUUCAAUAUUUUUCUACCUUAUCUUGAAUAUAAUUUAUAGAAUUAUACUUUUCCUCCAUGAAUUGAAGCACCUCCAUUCACGAUAUGACAGUUAUAAAGAUUUAAUUGUAGCAUCUUUUAGUUGCAAUAUUAAUUCAAUGGUGUGUUUCGGAGCAUGUGUUUUAAUCAUCGUUUAUUAUGUUACUUCUCAAGGAUUACCAGUCUUAGAUGACAAGUAUCUUAUACCCUGUGUUUUAUUUUUCUUACACAAAUUACUAGAUUUGGAUUCGAAUUCAAUCAAUGAUUCUCUAUGCAUAGCUAAAGAGAAUGGUUUGGAUUAUGGAUCAGGGAUGGCUUAUUCCUUUUUCUUUGGAUAUUUAAAUUAUAUUUUACCAAAAACAGGAGACAAGAUGAAAAAUUUAGAGGAAAUGAUGAAGGAUUAUGAAAGUUUAAAUAAUGUUCAAUUUGAAUGUCAUAAAAUCUUUAUUUUAAUUCCUAAAUCUUUAACGUGCCACGUUGAAAUUAAUGCAGUUUCAAGCUUAAUGGAACUUCGAAGUUCAUUAGAAGACAAAGUAAAAACAGUAGCGGGCGUUCGAGACAGGGUUUACAGAAACUCUGUAUACACUAUCCAGCAUGAAAGAACAGGAAAAUUGAUAUACGUGUGUGCUGAGUAUGCUACACCAUUGAAGACUUUUAAAGAAGUUUGCGAAAAGUCAACUCCACACACAAAUUAUUAUACUCGUCACAAAAACGAUAUUCUUCUACAGUUUUAUUUAACUUUGAGUAAAAUAUUGGAAUUUACAGAGAUGGACAAAAAGUGUGAAUUAGUUUAUUAUGACGAUAAAGAUGAUAACAAUCAAUAUUAUGACGUUGGAAGAAUUUUGUUAGGAAAAAUAGUGGAGCUUAAGAAAAAACAAAAUGAUUCCAAGAAUAAAUAAUAAGUCAACAAGUGCCUGCUGCUGUUUUUUGGUAUUGCUUAGGUAUAUAUUUUGUAAGAGCUUUUUAAUGAAUAUAUAUAUUUUCUAUA